UCUCCAAAAACUACAUAGUGCUCCUUUAAAUACAGCACAGCUGGAUUUUACAUGUGAGUGGUGAUGAGUUUAAACCACCACUAACUAAAACUACUUAAGUGGCGGGUAAGACAUUAAAUUAAAAGACUUCUGAACGUGGCUGUGAAUAAAUAAAGUGAGCGGAGUCCCCGCCGGUGAUGCUGAGUGACAGGCAGGGGGAGAGAGAGAGAGAGAGAGAGGUCCUCCACCGGAGCAGGAAGCUGCUGCUGGGACUGCCGAGAAGACAGAGGAGGUACAAAACAACGUCGACAUCAGCAGGCAGGCGGACAGCGGGGUAUCCACCAUAAUGUAGACCCGACGGAGCAGGAACAGCCACGUACGUCCACCGAGCGACACCUCAACACAUGUCCAGGCUGCAGCGGUGAACACAAAAGGGGCCGUGUGCGUGUGUGUUUUCCGCCUGGUGAAAAAUGAAGGAGCUGAAGGGCUGCGGUAUGCGCUCCUCAGUGGGCUUUCUGUCCCGCAGAGAGCUGACUGGGCAGCCGCUCAUGAAGGAGGAAUUCCAGAGACGCAGGCUGUCAGGCUGCACCAGCCUCUUCAAGAAGGAUAUGCUCGGACACUUCGGUUGUGUCAACGCCAUUGAGUUCUCCAACAACGGCGGGGAAUGGCUGGUGUCUGGCGGAGAUGACCGCCGGGUGCUCCUGUGGCACAUGGAGCAAGCCAUCCACGCUCGGUCCAAACCUGUGAAACUGAAAGGAGAGCACCUGUCCAACAUCUUCUGCCUGGCCUUCGACAGCACCAACAAAAAGGUCUUCUCUGGAGGAAACGAUGAACAGGUGAUUCUUCAUGAUGUGGAGAGGAGAGAAACUCUGAACGUGUUCCUGCACAUCGACGCCGUGUACAGUUUGUCCGUCAGUCCGGUCAACGACAACGUGUUCGCCAGCUCAUCUGACGACGGACGCGUCCUGAUCUGGGACACCCGAGAGCCGCCAAGCACAGAGCCGUUCUGCCUGGCCAGCUACCCGUCAGCCUUCCACAGCGUGAUGUUUAACCCCGUGGAGCCCAGGCUCAUCGCCACCGCCAACUCCAAGGAGGGAGUGGGAUUAUGGGACAUCCGCAAGCCGCGCAGCUCAUUGCUGCGUUACGGAGGCAGCCUGUCCCUGCAGAGCGCCAUGAGUGUCCGCUUCAACAGCACCGGCACCCAGCUGCUGGCGUUGCGCCGCCGCCUGCCGCCCGUCCUGUACGAGCUGCACUCCCGCCUGCCCAGCUACCAGUUUGACAACCAGGGCUACUUCAACUCCUGCACCAUGAAGAGCUGCUGUUUCGCUGGUGACAAAGAUCAGUACAUCCUGUCUGGGUCAGAUGACUUCAACCUCUACAUGUGGAAAAUCCCAAAGGACCCAGAAUCAGGAGGCCGCGUGGUGAACGGGGCUUUCAUGGUCCUGAAGGGUCACCGCUCCAUCGUGAACCAGGUCCGCUUCAACCCUCACACCUACAUGAUCUGCUCCUCCGGCGUGGAGAAAGUCAUCAAGGUGUGGAGUCCCUACCAGCAGCCUGACAGCCUCGGUGACCUGGAUGGCCGAGUGGAAGACAAGUCCCGCAGCCUGUACACCCACGAGGAGUACAUCAGCCUGGUGCUCAACAGCGGCAGUGGUCUGUCCCACGACUACGUCAGCCAGUCCAUCCAGGAGGAUCCACGCAUGAUGGCUUUUUUCGACUCUCUGGUGCGUCGAGAGAUCGAGGGCUGGAGCUCCGACUCUGACAGCGAUCUGAGCGAGGAAGCCAUCAUGCAGCUCCACGCCCGAGGACGCCGCACCACGCGGCCCACGCCGACAGCUGCCACCACUGUGGCAGCUGCUGCUCAACAGAGCGACUCUGACAACUCGUCAUCCUCCUCGCUGGCUGGACCUGAUGCCUCAGCAGGAGAAGAGCAAGCAGGAGCAGAGGUGGAUGAGCGACCGAGGAGACGGAGCAGGCAUCAACGGCAUCAGUCUGGCUUCCUUGUAAAUGAGGGUUCGGACUCGAGUGAGUUUUGGCUCGACCCCAUGCCCCGGCCUCGUUCUCCGAGCCCCAGGGACAACUCCACGCUGUCCAGCCCCACCUCCUCUCCUUCACUUCCUGUGGGAGCCUCCAGCUCCUCCACAUCCACUUCCAGCUCUAGCAGUGACGACGAAGAGCGGCGUAGUGCAGUGAGGCGGCGCAACGUCAUGAGACGACGACGCAUGCAUGUGGUCUCCAGAGCUGGGGAUCGACCCGAGUCUGCACAGGCUCUGUUUUCACAGGCUCUGUUUUCAGCCAUCGACUCCUGCAGUUAUCCAUCGAUAUCAGUCGAUGACCUGUCUUCCUCCUCGACAGGCGAGGAUCAAAACUCUCUCCAAAUCAAACCCUGCAGUGGCGGCACCGGAGAUGAAGAGAAAUGUCUGAGCCCUUCUGACUUUGUGUGUCUGAGCCCAGUAAUGUCCCCUGAGAGCCAAGAGAAUGAGGAAGGGAGUGAAAGGACUGAGCUGGAAAGACAUCCAGCUGCGUCUCCGCGGUCUCUACCUGGACACAGGACCGGAGAGAGAGCUGCUGCUGAGGCGGCUUCAGACAGCUCCAACAGCGGAGAGGCUUGUGGCAGCUCAGGGGCUUUGGACAGUAACUCCCAGAGUCAUCGUAGCCGCGGAGUGAACGGGCAGCACCGGACUGUGGCGAGCGAGAACCUCCUCGUCUCCUCAGAAUCAGAGGAAGAGACUGAUGUCACUCCUGAAGACACGAGGCCACAGAAAGAAAAAGGUCUGGCACAGAGCGCUCUGAAACGGACUCACGUGGGAACAGAGGAGGGCGAGUCAGGCUCCUCACCCUCAGAAAAGAAGAUAAAAACAUAAUGACAUCUCUUUCUCACCCUUGAAAGAAAUCAUUUGUUAACAGACUUAAUUUAGGAGUUGGGUUUUCUAUGGGUUUUUACAACUCAGCUUUUUCAUUUUGCGUCUUGUAGUCAUGUGAGACAUGAACUGAUUAUGAGCUGAGCUAAAAAAAGAAAGUUUGAUUGACUUUUGUUUCCGAACAAAUAAAUAGGACAGUGUCAUCAUUGUUUAGGUCAAACCGCAGAUGACAUUCAAAAAUGGAAAAUAUAAAGCAUAAGCUGAAUAUUGUUGAUAGCAAUGGAGUUUAAAGUGAAACGCGUUUAUUUUCAUGCAGCAUCAGUGUUUCUUUCUCAUGUUCUGGUUGCUGCAGAAGGCUCCGACUGGGAUUUGGAGCUCCUCCAAAUUACAAAAAACAAAAAAACAAAAAAACAAAACAGGUCUUUAUGGAGGACAAAAGCUUUGCAGCGCUCUGAUUUCUGCAGUUUCACACUGAGCGUUAAUCUGAUUGGGCUUAUUUUCAUUUUAAAGUGAUUCUCUGCUGCUUCAGGGGCUGUCUGAGGAUUGACUGUGUCACCAUUUGUUGAAGCUGUGCAUUGAAAUGAUGCUUUCAGUGUCUCUACCAAUUGUUUUUUGUCUCAUUAUCCAGCCCCUGGGUAUCAUUACAGGCCAGCGCUCGCUUUUGUUUUCCUGCAAUUAAAGAAUGAUUUGUUCUCCAGUGACAAUGAC